GUUGACGUCUCGCAAAAUUUCUUUGAGGAGACCAAAGGUGCCAUAUACCAUGCAAAUGAUCAUUUUGCCAGCAGCCCACCUCCAGAUUGUGACCCUGCUACCACCGACUCCUAUGUGCACAUAUUCAAGCACGUCUAUUUGCACAGAAACAAAGCGAACGCAAAGGAUUGCAUUGAUAUGUGUUUUGGGUUGGCGCUCAAGUUCGAUUGGGGCACGCACACUCGCCUGGCUCUCAUGGCUCUCACUUACAUGAUGGACAAGAUGGGGGGUAAACAGAUUCGAGAUUUGGUGGUCCAGCCCAAAUUCGAGAAAAAGGCUACCAUUGAUGAGGAUGCUCGGAAGGCCGGCUAUCGCUUCAUACGGGAACAUGGACUGCAGGCUAACAACGUGAACCAGUUCAUGGAGUGGUCAUCACCGCACUCCACAACUAUUCACGCGGAAGACAAAAUUGCUAAAACUCUAGAGUAUUGGCCGUUUACAUUGAAGAGUAUGACGGGGUGGUUUUUCGACGGCAUCCUCGUGCACAUGCUGGGCUCCAUUAGUCAACAUGGCAUCACCUGGAUCGGGAAAACCCGUACAGGUAAGAGUCUCGGUUCAAAAACCGUGGCGUUUUGUCAAUCGAAGUACGAAAUCGAGCAAGCCGAUCGGGAUGCUCUUUCGCCGGCUAUCGUAACAGCGAAGCACUUGGAUUUUUUCAAGUCCGAGCCGGCAUCCAAAUUCAAACCUGCCAUCUUCGACGACGACAUGUUGCAGAAGAUGGAUGCCUCGUUCCUCAAAGCGUUUUUGAAUCCCUCGGAAGAAGAUGCCACCGUGUGGGCACGCUAUUCGUCAGCAUAUUUCGAGCAGGGUGCGGGACGGCAGGCAUGCAACAACCCGUACGACCAAGAGUGUGACAAGGACAUGUACCGAAAGAUGCAAGCAUCAGGUAUUUGGGAAAUCAAGCAUGAGAAUUUCGUCAAGUUGAUCCAGCAGUCCUUUGCGAGCAUAGACGAAACAGAAGACAUGGAUGCUAUUCUCGCCCGCACGCACAUGAUCAUCAUCACCGAUUUCGGCAUCUACUGGCGACUCGCAAGUUCCUCGAAAAACGACGUGAAGUUUGUUUCAUGGCAACAGGAUGAACCCAAAGAUUUGCUGGCCCCCGCCGAAAAGCCCAUAUCGGCCUACAAGAAAAACCCUCACAGGCACAGUCCCCCAGAAAGCUUCCAGCAGGACAUGAUUUGGUCAUUGGAGGUUCUUCAUUUCUUCACCGCCUAUUCCAGGGGGAAACCCUCCCGCGGACGGUCACAAUUCGUGGACGAAGCUUGUUUCAGACACACCACAACCACCACGACAAAUCGCACCCCGCAUACUCGAUGA